CAUAGGGGUGGGUAGGUCAUAGACAUAUACAAUUUCAUGAUUGGUCACUAUUUAUUUGACGUUUAUUGACAUUUUGUAAGUCUGAUGAAACAUCGUCUCUUCUGAUUUGAAAAGUUCCCACGAUAUAGAUUAACAUACAUGGUUACUGAAUCUGUUCUCGGUGUAAGAAUAAUUCUCUCAAACGCAUCUUCUUCUCUCUGCGCUGUGCUCCCAGAACACAGUGAUAUGUUGAUGUGUCUUGGAAAAAAGCAGCCUGUGUGUUUCUUUCAAAGCCAUGGCCAAGACCAAUCCACGCUGUGACCCCUGUCUGUUGAGGAGACGUGUGCUGCAUCUCUUUGCGUUGAGCCUAUUUGGAACCAUUGUGGUCAUCAACCGGCUCUUCCUGAACCAACGGCGCACUGUCUAUGAGCACAAAAUCGUUCCGAUUGUCAAUUCUCCAGUAAUUGAACGGAACGGUCGAGCAUUCUCAGAAGGGCCAAGCGGUACCGUCCCUGAUCUAGUUCCAGCCACGAAUCACUACAGCAUUGUCCCUUUUGGUAAGUUUUUUGUUCCUCGUUGGGAGAGAGUUACGCCCCUUGAUUUCGAAUUCAUGUCGGCCACAAAAGGACCCUGUAACAGCGAUCAGCCAUUUCUGAUUGUUCUCGUUCUCUCAAUGACGAAAAAUUGGAAGUUGAGGAAAGCUGUGCGUGAAACAUGGGGCAGCGUUAACAGAACAAACACGUGGGCAGGUAAACCGUUACGGAAGCCCGUUCGAGUCAUAUUUGUGAUUGGGAUGAGCAAGAAUGACGACGCACUGCUACACGAAUCCGAUGUAUACGGAGACAUAGUCCACGUGUCUGUUCCGGAGAGUUACUACAAUCUGACAUACAAGGUGUUGAUGGGGAUACGUUGGGUGUAUCAUUUCUGCAGUGAAGUGGAAUUUGUUGCUAAAGUUGACGAGGAUACUUUCCCCGAUGUCCCCGUGUUUCUGGACAUAUUGACAUUAGUGAAUAUGACCAACACAAUAAUGGGGCCAUUCUUCACUUUCAGCAAAGUACAACGAACAGGCAAAUACGCUGUGAGUGAAGCCUCAUACCCCGCUCCCCAGUACCCCCCGCACUGUAAGGGGAACUUUUACCUCAUGCCCGCAGAUCUGGCGUUCAGGAUUUUGAAGACGGCACAGCAUCUGCCUUACGACAACAUGGAGGACGCCCAUCUUACCGGGGUUGUUGCUUACUCCAUCGGCGGGGUUAGAUUUCGUGGCUUGACAAGGAAACAGUACAGUAUACGUUACCCUCCCAAAGUGUGUGAAUAUAUCAACGGCACAAAGAUCGUCGCACAGAAAGUUCACCCCGCGCUGGGCCAGGAGAUCUGGAAACGGUUUAAUGACGAGUCGCUCUGUUCAGAGUCAUGAAGUCUAAGGAGCUGAUGCUAACGUUGUUAACUUACAAAUGUAUUAUGCAUGACAUGUCAAUAUAUUUGAUAUCACUGUAUUACUUACUCACUGGUAAAGGGGGAAUAAUAAAAUGGACACAGUUCCAA